AUGCUAAUUACGCCUCGAACGUAUUCCUCUUCGCAAACGCCAGACAGAGCAGCGGCCGAGCCCCCCGCUGAGCGCGCGUUCCGCUUCACCACUCUCACCGGGUGGUAUCAGAGCCCUGAGGACCCAACUCCAACCUCAGAGAUGCUGUUGGCCCAUCAAACUGGAAGCGUUCGUGUUGGAGAAGUUGUAAGAUACACAUUGACAUACACGCCAUCCGCUGAUCCUAUCCUUCCUCUCCCUGAAAGACUAUAUGUCAGGGUCAAAAAUACGUCCGCCAUUCCGCUUAGAGCCGCAUAUCUUCACGGUCCAUAUACCCUUUACGCAUCCUGCUACCCUUCCACAUUUGAUCCCAAUAGCAAGUAUGACCGGCCCGAAGCGGAUGGCGCACCACAAUUUGAACCAUACCUGAAAGCAGGGGGUAAUUGGGAUGCAACGAUUAAGCUCCCGGCGCAUUUGGAGGGUUCACACAACCUUGUUGCUGGUCAAGAGGUAUCCGAUGGCUCUUCAACGGUAACCUGGGUGAUUGAAAUUGUUUCUCAGGUUCUAUUUUCGAGUAGUGCAGCCGUUCAUUUCGAUCUGCUGGUUGCUCGUGACCCGCACUCCUUGGAUUAUUUCUCAGCCAGUGGGGCCUUGAUGGGUGGAAUGGGCCCUGCAGGAAAGUUACAGGAUCUUUCGUCCCCAGGGGUCAAGGGAAAGCAGGUGGUUGCCACACAGGGAGUUUACUCUAAGUCCAUUACGUUAUGUGUAGAUGAUACAAGCAGUCUUUGGAACAGCCCCCCACUGCCGUCAACGUCAAAAGAUGUCGAAUCCAGUGGAGGCAUUGGAACUCAUAAUCCCGAACAUGAUAAUGCAGAUAAUGCAGAUACUCCGGCAGAUUCGUCAUCUACACAACCAAAACAGCGUGUUCAUCUGGUUGUGAUAACACAUGGCUUGCAUAGCAACUUGGGUGCAGAUAUGCUCUAUCUGAAAGAAAGCAUCGAUGCUGCUGCAAAGAACAAGAAACGGAACAGCCAAGGCGGGACCGAUGAAGAUGACGAACAAGUCAUUGUUCGGGGUUUUUCAGGCAAUGCUGUGCGUACCGAACGUGGUAUACAGUAUCUAGGAAAACGCCUGGCCAAAUACGUCUUGUUGAUGACAUAUCCAGAUCAACCCUACUAUCCCCUAGCUGCUAAAUCAAAGACAUUCUCCCGGCCCUUCAGUUCUCGCAAAAACCAGGAGAAUCUUUCCUCAGACCAGCCUGUUUCAACACAACAAGAUGAGCCUGUCAUCAAAGAUGAUCAUGCUUACCGGAUCACCAGCAUUAGCUUCGUCGGGCAUUCCCUUGGUGGAUUGAUUCAAACAUAUGCCAUCGCGUACAUCCGAAAGCACUCACCUCACUUCUUCGAUCAAAUAAGGCCGGUUAACUUCAUCGCUCUUGCAACGCCGUUUCUCGGACUGAGCAAUGAGAACCCAAUGUAUGUUCGAUUUGCCCUCGACUUAGGACUUGUCGGGCGGACAGGGCAAGACCUUGGUCUCAGCUGGACAGCACCCAAAGUCCGAAGUGGCUGGGGUGCCAUAAUUGGCGGAAAGGGAGAUCCAGUCAAAGAUCAAAGCAAUACUGAUCCGGGCUCCAAGCCGCUUCUACGAAUCUUGCCCUGUGGACCAGCUCAUGAGGCACUGAAAAGGUUUCAGCAUCGCACCAUUUAUUCGAACGUUGUAAACGAUGGCAUCGUCCCGCUGCGCACAUCUUGUUUGCUUUUUCUUGACUGGAGAGGUCUCGAUCGUGUGGAAAAGGCGAGAAGAGAUAAUGGCAUCGUUGGAACAAUGGCGGAAUGGGGCUGGGCCGAACUUACUGGGGCCAAUUCAAAGUCUCCUCAGAUUCCUCGUGGAGACGAACUUGUGGGACUGAGUAAUGAUAGUACUUCUUUAGGAGAGCAUGAAACUAUGGCCGUGGAAGACUCAUCAUCUCCUUCCCCAGCGCAAUUUCUAGUACCAGACCAAUAUUCUCGACCACAUCAUCAUGCUGGCGAGGCUCAUCCAAAGGAAAACAUUACUGAGGCUGCCUCUCCAGGCCCGUUUAGUUCAUUUCUCUCUCUGUUUCGUCCAAAGGAAACCAAGCUUCCUUCGCGUCCUAAGCAUACCAAGAUUUAUAAACGCAGUCAGACUCUCGCGACGUUUGAUACCAAUGAAAACCCUGCACUCUCGGUCCGGGGAAAUUCUUUAUACGAGGAUGAAGAAGGAUUAAAUACCCCACCCAGGACUACGUUCUUUGAGUCGGCUGGCGACCUAUUGAUGCCACCUUUGCCCCCUACUGAAUUUAUUCUGGACCCUGCAGCACGGCCCCGAACCAUUUUCCAUGACCGAAUCUAUCACCCGGAUGAUGUGCCUCCUCCUUUGCCCAUGAAGCGACGAACCCUUACAUUCGGUCCCCUUCAGAAUAAAUCGAAGUCGAUGCCUGAAACUAGCAAAUUAGAAUCCAGCUCGAGUGCCCCCGCAAACACUGGCGAGAGUGGAUUAAAAGUCGAGGAAAAGAUCGCUCGUGCGUAUCAUCGUGAUCUGACGUGGCGAAAGGUACUCGUUCGUCUCGAGCCAGAUGCGCAUAAUAAUAUCAUUGUGCGACGCAUGUUCACGAAUGCUUAUGGGUGGCCAGUGGUGAAGCACCUAGUUGAUACACAUUUCGCGCAUAUGGAGGUAGAUGAUGUAUUGCAGGGAGACGUUGAGCGGGCCAAGUCACCGGAAGUUGGGCCGACUAGCUCUGGGGAUGAAGUCGAGGGGCAAUGUGAACAUAGUCCAAAGGAUCAGGACACGACGGAGCACGACUUCAAUGUCGACCACGAUGCCGAUCACGAGUUUGGCGAUUCUUCCCAUACUCCAAUUGCACCUUCUCCGGUUCAUGAACAGACCGAAGUCUUCCCAGGCGAGCACCGCUCCCAUCGGACUGCAAGCACAACUGGACAGGACUCGGCACGUUGGACCGAUCGGCAGAUAGAUGAAGAUGAUGAUUGCGAAUCUGUCUUUAACGAGGGGACUGACGCUGGUUUUCGUUGA